AUGACGCAAGAGGAGAGGCUGCUUCCAUGGGAGUUGACUGAAGAGAUCCUCUCUCGUGUCCCUCCUAGAUCACUUGUUCGCUUCAGAGCCGUAUCGAAACAAUGGAAAGCUCUCAUCGACGACAAGACGUUCAUCAACAACCACAAGUCGGCGUUUCGAUUCAUCUUGACGACUUACAACAAGAUUUAUUCGGUAAGCAUCGACCCCAAGAUAGUGUUGCGUGAGCUAACGCUGGAUGUUCCCGGUUUAGAAACUCAAACACCGAACAACGUGGUUGAUUGCGAUGAGUUCUUGCUGUGUGACAUGUAUAAAGGAUCCGCGGUAAUUUGGAACCCGUGGCUGAAUCAGACAAGGUGGAUCAAGGCCGAACCUGAACUUCGAUUCGAAGGCCUAGGUUAUGAUAGUAAUGUUAGAGUCAGGGAAAGUGUUUACAAAACUAUUUGGUCUAGUGGAGAGAGUACCGAGUGGAUGCUUCAUGGCUUGGACUCGGAAGAUGCUUGGAAAGACCUCAUGUCGAAAUAUGGUGGUCAAAUUCAGGAGGAAAGACGUUGUACGAUACAUUCCGAAACCGGUGUAGCGUUGAAUGGAACUUUGUAUUGGGUUGCUUUUUUAGGCAAUAAGGAGACCUUGUCCCUACUUUGUUUCGACUUUUCGAGAGAAUUAUUCAGCAGAUUCUGUGCUCUGCCAUGUGGGAUGAGCCACGAUGACGAUGCUGUCGUACUUGGGGUGUUUAAGGGAGAUCGGCUUUCGCUGUUGAAGCAAUGCUACAAAACAAAGAAGAUUGAGAUUUGGGUGACCAGUAGCAAGAUUGACGUUGGGGGUGGUGCUGACGUGAUUUGGACGAGUUUUAUGUCAAUUCCUGACUUUCCAGGUUUAUUUCAGACGGAAACAAACUGUGAGCCAAGUUACUUCAUUGAAGAUAAACGGCUUGUCGUGUGUUCAUGCGACAAAACUGGCAAAGCUUGGAUCUAUGUUGCGGGGGAAAACAAGUUGAUCAGCAAAGUUCAAUUAGAUUCUGUGGUCGGUCAUUGGCCUUUGCAUUGCACUUAUUGUCCCAGUUUGGUCCCGGUUCCUCGAGGCCAAAGAGAAGAAACAGAAUUACAAGUUUAG